UCGAGUUCAUUACCAAGGGUUUUUUUAAUUUCAGAGAAGGGGGAGGAGGAAGAAGAAGGGGGACCAAAUCCUGCAAAAUUUCUAAAAAUCAAAAAUUGCAAUGGCUUCUCUGUCGACGUGGGUUCGCUACGCCGUCAACAAGUUCGAGUACUCGGUCUCUCUCGGUUGGAAGAAGUACAAUGUCGGUCAGAUCAAUGCCAAAGAAUUUAGCGAUGCAAUUUGGAAAAAUUUCUUCCAGGGGAAGCUUACAUUCUUGCAUUGGGCUAAAGGGGAGGAAAUGGCACCAAUAGUGACAGGACAGGGAACAACUCUUCUUGUUAGAAAGAUGGCUUUCCCGGUUCCAACGCAAGUCUUUAUUGGCGAUGUUGUUAUGUUGAAGGACCCUGAGAAACCUGAAGAUUUUCUUGUUCGAAGGCUGGCUGCCGUUGAAGGCUAUGAGAUGGUUUCCAAAGAAGAGAAAGAAGAACCGUUUAUUUUAGAAAAGGAUCAGUGCUGGGUGUUGGCUGAUAAUGAAUCUUUAAAGGCAAAGGAGGCCAAGGACAGCCGGCUGUUUGGCCCUGUUCCUAUGAGCAACAUUGUUGGGCGAGUUAUAUAUGCCUUGCAAUCAGCUGUCGAUCAUGGACCUGUACAGAACAGUCACAUGGCGAUGAGCCAUGAUUCAUCAGUAUUGGCGGUGGAGUUGGAUGUGGAUGAAAUGGCAAGAAGCACCAAAAUGUAGGUUUGUUCACAAACCUGAUGCUGUUCUCUAUGUGAAGGGCCAACAUGAACUACUCUUAGCGAAUGGUUAACUAUGAUUCAGGGGUUCUUCAAGUGAUUGUAUUUUCCUUCAAAAAACCGAUAACUUCUGUGCAUUUCUCUGUUUGCCGAUGAGUUUUAGUAAUGAAGCUAAGUGUUGAGGCUGCAAAUAAGCUCAAUGUCUAUUUUUCAUGGGGUGAUGUGAUGCUGACUUCUAUUUGAUUACAGAGGGGAAUUCCAAUAUUGUUUUGGCUUUCACUGUAUAAGCUUGGAUACUGAGAGCAUUGUUUGUGCUCUGUAUGAACGUGGGUAGGUUAGUAGGUCCUUUGUUCAUUUCUAGCAUAGCUCUGCGGAUGUGACAUGA